UAAGAACAUCAGUAAGAAAUGAAAAUGGCGACGAGUAGUGGAAGGUGCAGCGUCGAGCCACCACUCUUUGGCCCUCACACUGGCCACGACCCUAUUAAGGCACUCUACCCCAUGGUUAAUGAAGAGGAGACGCCCCUUCCAAGGUGUUGGAGCAGCAAGGACAAGUACAGCUUCAUCGGUUUAACACAAAAUAAUCUCAGAGUUCACUAUAAGGGGCACGGCAAGAAUCACAAAGAUGCAGCUAGUGUCCGUGCCACGAAUCCAAUACCAGCUGCCUGUGGUCUCUAUUAUUAUGAGGUCAAAAUUGUCAGUAAAGGCAGAGAUGGGAUAAAUACAGACAUGCCUUCUAAAAAGAAAAAUGGAGAUGUCAGGAUGUCGCCAGUGAAUCCUGGCCUCAGGGAUGACUUGCUGCCUGAAUUCGUGUACAUGGGUAUAGGUCUUUCAUCACAAGGUGUCAAUAUGAACCGUUUGCCGGGGUGGGACAAAAAUUCCUUUGGCUAUCACGGUGAUGACGGGCAUUCCUUUUGUUCCUCGGGUAGUGGCCAUCCUUACGGCCCAACAUUUACCACAGGUGAUGUAAUUGGCUGUGGUAUCAACCUCAUCGAUAAUGUUUGUUUCUACACAAAAAAUGGACAUUACCUUGGUGUAGCAUUUACAGAUUUACCGCCCCAGUUAUACCCGACAGUAGGGUUACAAACUCCAGGGGAGGUAGUAGAUGCAAAUUUCGGUCAGGCCCCUUUUGUUUUCGACAUUGGAGAAAUGAUGCGUGAGUCACAGUGCCGUGUGCGGACGACAAUCCAAAACUUCCCUGUCCCGGAUACCUAUGGACAGUGGCAAACUAUGCUCCAUAGAAUGGUGUCCACGUACCUUGUCCAUCAUGGUUACUGUGCCACAGCGGAAGCCUUUGCCAGAUCCACUAGUCAAGAUUUUGAUGAGGAACUCACCUCUAUAAAAAAUAGACAAAAGAUCCAGAAACUAGUGUUGGGAGGGCGCUUGGGUGAGGCUAUAGAAACAGUGCAACAGCUUUAUCCAGGGUUACUGGAGAACAAUCACAAUCUACUCUUUAUGUUGAAGGUGCGACAGUUUAUAGAAAUGGUAAACGGUACAGACACCGAAGUUCGAGGUGUUUCAAGGUCUCCGUCUCGACCUCCCACUCACGAGUCCUCGCCCUCACCUCCCUGUUGGUCCAAUGGCAGGACAACAGAUCCAGUGCCUGGCACAUCGUCCACACCUCCCUCCUCCUCCACCACUUCCACACCUGUCAUUCAGCAGCACACAUCAGUCAUCCAGUCCACCAAGAAUGUUAUAAGUAGUGGGCAGACUUCUGCCUCGCCUGUCACCACUGAGGAGCUCAAUCAGCGCAAUGCUCAGGAUCUCCGAGCCAGCAGCCCGCCCAGUGCUACAAACGGCACCACUCCAGUUAUUCACCUUCCAGUGCCCUCUGGUUCCUCCUCCUCCUCCUCGUCGUCGUCAACAUCGUCUAAUUCAUCAUCAAAUAUGCAUGACAGUGAUACAGAGAUGGAAUGUAUGGAAGCAAAUAGUCACCAUUUACAAGAAACCAAUAAUAGCCUUGGAGAUACAAGUCAUAGUAAUGGCUUUUCUAACGGCUUUUCCAAAGAUAUUGACAUUCAGGAUGAUGAAAAUGAGGAAGCUAUGGAAGUUGAAAACAGUGUUGGCAGCAGAAAAAUGUGCGGCGGCAACCCAGAUGCGAUAGGGCGCAUGUUGGCCUUUGGGAAAGAGGUUCAACACAUGAGCCAGGUUCUGCGGAGAGAAUUAGGCAAGAACGAUCACAACAAGAAAAUACUUCAAGAUGCUUUUAGUCUUCUAGCAUACAAUGACCCUUGGAAUAGUCCUGUUGGUUGGCAGUUAGAUCCAUUACAACGGGAACCUGUAUGUCAGUCUUUAAAUUCUGCAAUUUUAGAGUCUCAUCACUUGCCAAGAAGACCCCCUCUAGAGAUCUGUGUGGCGCACACAAAGCAGCUGAUCAGUCUGAUGUCCCGUUCGGGUAUUGGGUCGUGUGCCUUCGCCAGCGUAGAUUCUUUACUCGGCAGCCAACAGUGACACUCCCUUUGUGGGCCCUUAGCUACUCUCUCAGGGGCCACCAAGCCACUUAUCUCAUGUUUUGGACUGAAUUCCACAACAUAUUUUAAAGUCUGCUUGGCAAAGUCCAUAUCACAAGCAGUCAGUGAUGUUUUUGAGGGACAUACCCAAUCAAAUUGCUGAUAAAAAUAGCUCAAGUGCAUCUUUUACAAGUUAAACUCGGUUGACACCAUGGAAUUCGGGACAUUUUAUCUUGCUCUGGAGUCAGGGAAAUGCUUCAUUAACCUCAAGUGAAUUAAGAAGGAAUAAUUUCUUCGAUACGCUCAAGGUUUAUUGUACAUAGGUUUAAUUAUUUCCUUUAAUUGUAGCCCACCAUCAAGCUUGCUCAUGGUGAUGAGGCAAGCUGCUAUGAGCAUUAAAAACAUUUUCUGCAAGGUUGAUGAGGUAUAUUGACCCUUAUUGGAAAACUAAAUGCUACAGGUCAUGUUGCCAUUAAUACUUUUCUGUAUUUUAAUUGUGGGAGUGUGAAUCAUUUCCUUGACAAAGGAAGCAAUCAUUGUAGAUCUCUAAAUCAGAAAGUGGAAUGUUGACUUUAUUUUUUACAGAUGUUCAAUUAAGUUAUUCCACACAGUUGUGAUGCCAUUGUGUGACGUGCAGUAUUGGUUACGAGUACUGUAUUUAGUUACGAGCAAAUGAAUGCAAGGUGAAUACAUGCAUCUUGGUUAUGCCUUUGUUAGUUCUCAUAUUUAUUGUAUCUCCUUUUGCAGCAUUUUAUUUUCUUUGGAAAGGCAACUAUGGUAGUCUUGAGUUUUAUCAUGACAUUGAAAAUACAUCAAAAAUAAAUGCACCAUAAAUGCCAAGGCAUCAGGUGGAGACUGUGUGGGCAGCCUGAGGUCACUUUCACAUUAUAAUUUAGGACGGGUUAUGUGCAAAACAAAAAUAUAAAGCGGCAUUCUCUCUCUUGCACCUGUAUAGUUGUGAAGCAUUGUUUAAAUAUGUACUAUUUCACAGAUCAAUGGUCAAAAUCUAAAUUUGUUUUUAGUUACAUGUGGUUUUCAGUCUGGUAGCGUGCAGCUCGGCAGAAAUGCUUGCCAGUCACUGAGGGCAAACCCAUUCUGUAAGGCAUGAAAUCUUGUUUCCUUGGUUAUAAAUUUUAUAAAAGGGUCAUUAGCACACAUCUUUGUGUAAACACAGCAGAAAGUGGCUUGUUUGCACUAGUAUAUUCUCAAUUGGAGCUUAACCUUUUAUUCAUUUUCAUUUUACAACAGUUCUCAGCCAAAGUUGCUGAACAAGCAACCAGUCGUGGUUAAAGUAACCUGCUCACAAAACCAUGGGGGUUGCAGCUCUCUCUCGUAGAUGCUUUUAAAAUUGAAGUGAAAAAUAUGAACAAUAUUGCAUAGAAUUUAGGACUGUGGUAAGUGUAAAUUUAAUUUGCUUUGUGAUAACAAGGAUAACUGAAGUGACGAAACGGUUAAGGAAUUACUAUUGUGUAUGUAUGAGUGAGCAGGUUUUCCUAUACAGGAUAACCCUAUUCAUACAGCACUAUAUAUGGCACCAGUCGUCCUUCCCUUACGCAACUGUUGUACAAGAAUGGUGGAGCAGCAGUCAAAGCACCAAACAUAAUAAACAAUGGCUCAAUUGAUAGCCAACAAAAAUGCGGAAUACUGUAAAGAUGUGCUGUAUAUGCGGGGGCCUCCGUAUUGGCCACUGCUGUUUGGUUUAUUGAAUGUGAAUUAGGAGGUUUCACCUGAUGCACUCAGUCCUUCACUUCUGCACUAUGAUCACAUACAUUUGUCAACUUAAAUUCACAAAGGAGAAUAGUCCUCCUUUCCUGAUAAGUAAUAAAAAUCUGUCUAGGUAAUGAGUCUUUUACAAUAUACACACAAACACACAACCAAAAUAAUAACUCAACUCUUCUUGAGGAAAGCUGGGAAUUAUUAUUUGUAAGUCAUAAUAAUAGUAACUGAUUUUGCAAAUGCUCACAUAUUAACCUGCAAGACCAGAGAGUUUUAACUCUGAUGUUGAGUUUAUUCUGCGGUGAAGCUGAAUCAGAGACAAGAAUGAACCUUUUGUUUAACAGUGAUUUGCUUUCAGCGGAGAUUUUUAAGCACCAACAGAGCUCCGUUGAUAAGGAAAUUCUGUUCAGUAAAAGAUGAACUAUGCACAUGUGUCUGAUUCUUUGUUUUUCAGCCUCUGCAAAACAUGUGUCUGAUUCUUUGUUUUUCAGCCUCUGCAAAACAUGUGUCUGAUCCUUCGUUUUUCAGCCUCUGCAAAACAUGUGUCUGAUCCUUCGUUUUUCAGCCUCUGCAAAACAUGUGUCUGAUCCUUCGUUUUUCAGCCUCUGCAAAACAUGUGUCUGAUCCUUCGUUUUUCAGCCUCUGCAAAACAUGUGUCUGAUCCUUCGUUUUUCAGCCUCUGCAAAACAUUGCAUUCAGUGAAGGUUUUGUGUUGUGGUGCCUCUUAUUCUCUAACCUUGUGCAAGUCCGUCUUGGUGUUGCCAUUCUCUCUUGAAAUUGGGUCAGUGAUAUAUUUUGGAAUAUUAACGUUAAAUAACAUUUCUGUCUCCCUAAAAGGUGCUCAUUACUUUAUUUUAGUUAGAUUACACCCUCAGACUUUAAGAGUACAAGGUGUGCAAGCUUCAUCAGCCAUAGAGUUUGACAGUAACAAGGUAUUGUAUACUAAUUAUUGCCUCCUGGCUGAAAGUAACAAGUAGCGAAUGAUAUACAAAUUUGAAUGAAGAAUCACGAGUCUAAUAGAGUAGGGUUAUAUUAGGGUAAUUAUAACAGAAAGAUAAUUUAUUGGUUAUAUUUUGAGGAAGAGGAAUUUGUGUGGAUGAUGGCGUGCCUGUACUUGAGCAAGAUUGAUUAUAUAUGACUUGGAAGGGGUUUGUUAUUGUUGCAGAAUGAUGUUCUUCAUUAUGAUGCAUGCAGGUUGUUGAGAAUGGAUGCCAAAUCAUGUUUAAAUAUUUUUUUUAUUGCUGUAAACAUUACUGAAGUAUAUAGAGUAUAGCUAACCAAAUUUGAUGAGGUUAACCAGUUUUUUUCUUAUAAAUUAGUGAAUAUCCAUUGCUUCCUGCUGUCAGUGCUUGUGAUGAUGAUGAUGAUGAUGAUGAUGAUGAUGAUGAGUGCAUUUUAAAAACCAUAUUGUUAACUUUUAGUAGUUUUCCUCCCAGUAAAUCACAAGCUUUACACAUUAUAAGUUUUAUUUAGAAGAUUUCCUUUGUUUUUAAAAAAAGCGGAAAUUCAUUUUCAUCCAAAAUUAGAGCCUAUAUAAUAGACUGCCAACAAAUAUAAUACAGAACUCAAAUAACUAAUUGACACUGUACCUAAAAAAUCUAUUUACAGUACACAUAACUCACGUAAAAAUGCUGUUGUAAUGUUAAUGCAUUUUUCAGUAUUUUCAAUAUUGCCAUUACAGAUACAUAGUCUUUGAUAAACAAAUUAUGUAAUAGCAAGGAUUAACUUGAACAAAUACAUGAUAUAAAAAGAUUACGUUGUUUGUCUAACCUCACAGAAAAUUGCGAUAAAUUUCUGGAAUAAAUGUAUGUAGACGCUUACAAAGAAAGUGAUUGUGUGAAUGAUGGUGUAAGUGUUUCUUUUUUGGGUCACCCUGCCUCAGUGGGAGAUGGCUGGCAUGUUAAAAAAGAAAGGUUAUUAAUAGGGUUAUAUUUGUUCAGAUCUGUAAUGUCGGCAUGCCUCUGGCAAGACGGUAGUGGCGUGAGUGGCGGUGAAGGUGUUUCUUCUUUUUUGGGUCUCCCUACCCUGGUGGGAGACAGUUGGUGUGUUAAAACAAAAAGGUACAAUACCGUGACUGGAACAAUACAUAGAUAACCCGGAUACAAAAGAAUGAAAUAUAUGAUGAUGUUUUAGUCCAACUUGACACACUGUAACACACUGACACGUGAAGGUAAGGGAGCCAGUAUGUAUACUGCGUACUGACUCCCUUACCUUCAUGUGUUAGUGUGACUAAUUAAUGGUUCAAGUCGGUCCAAAAUGUCUUUGUAUUUUUCUUUUUCCUAUGUGCGGGUUACUUAUGUACUGUAAGAAAAUAAACAUUAAAUUUAUAGCUACACAACUAUUUGUUGUUUCCCGUCACAGUCUAAUCUAUCAUUUAAUAUUUUUAAGUUUCUGGUUUAUUUUUUGACUUGUGAAGACUGUAUGCUCUGGCAGGGCAGCUAUUGAUUGAAUAAUGGUGAAUGUGUUUCCUUUUUUGGGUCACCCUGUCUUGGGAAAUGCUGAUGUAAAAAAAAAAAAUAAUUCCCAUGGCUGUACAACUUUAAAUCUCUGACCUGUGUGUCUUUCCUGAUGGUUAUUUCUAUAUUUGUGGAGAUGUGUCAAACCCAUAUGGGUCAUACAGCACCUGGGAAUUAUUAGGCAUUCUGGUUUGAUCCAAGGAAGGGUGGCUCCAAAUCCUUGGACCAAGAAACUUUUUUUUUAUGAUACUCUGUCUCCCACUGAGGCAGGGUGACCCAACAGAAGAAAACACUUUAACUAUCACUCAUUCAACCUCUGCCUUGCUAGAAGGGUGCUGACAUCACAGUUCGAAUGACCCUUUAAGCUGCAAUAUAUUUAUGGGGAAGCCUUAAACCCACAGGGGGCAUACAGUACCCGAGGAAUGGGAGGUAGUUAGGUUUGACCUGUAGAAAGGGACAGUUAUUUCAGGUCCUUGGAUCAUGUAUCAUUCAGUAUCAACACUUCACUUGAAAGGUCAUCUUGUUGAUCAUGUCACAAAAUCUCUCUCCAUUAAUAUUUUCUACUCAACGUGCACAUAGGAGAGAGGAGCUUACGAUGACGUUUCGGUCCGACUUGGACCAUUUACAAAGUCACACCUCUUCUUUUUGAUUAUAAUAAUAAUACAAAGUCACACCGACUGAAAAAGUCAUCGUAGGUUCCUGUCUCCUAUGUGCGGGUUGUUUGUGUAUUGUUCCAGUCAUGAUAUUGUUUCUUUUUGUUAUUUAAUAUAAUUUUCUAACUUACAUAUGGUUACCAUGUCUCUGCCAUAAAACUGGGUUUUUUGAGUGUGUGUUUUCAGCAUUAAUAUUAUUAGCAUUUUUAUUAGCAUUGGGAGCUAUGUUAUAGCUCAUCUUUGGAUUUUUUCCAUCUUGCUGAUGAGUUUUAGUUGUGGAAACCAUCCCAACUCUAAAUUUUGCUUUAUAUCUGUUGUGAAGAGCAGUGCCUGCACUCUGGAGGAGUAGUAAGGAUGCUGCAGGACUGGAUGUGGGAAGGGCAGUGCCUGCACUCUGGAGGAGUGGUAAGGAUGCUGCAGGACUGGAUGUUUGAAGGGCAGUGCCUGCACUCUGGAGGAUGCAUGAGGAUGUUGCAGGACUGGAAGUGAGAAGUACAGUGCCUGCACUCUGAAGGAUGCAUGGGGAUGUUGCAAGACUGGAGGUGAGAAGUACAGUGCCUGCCCUCUGAAGGAUGAGUGAGGAUGUUGCAUUCAGAGGGUAGUAAUCAGAUGUCAGAACACUUUUGGAAAGAGCAAUUGAAUGAAUGAUGGUGAACGUAUUUUCUUCUUUUGGUCUCCCUACCCUGGUAGUUUGCCUAAAUUUCAAUAUUUUAUAAAUUAUUUGAAUAAUUUUAGCCAAAACGGGUUGAUGUAAAAAAAAAACUUUCGGAUAAAUGUGAUUUUAAAAAGAUAUGAGAAAUAAUUUAUCUUUAGUAAAAAAAUCAUUGACUGUUGUUAGAUAAAUUUAGCAGUGGUUAAUAUUUAAUUGUUACCUGAUCUUAAAAAUCAGCCUUAAAACCUAUAAAAGUUUUUUUGUCAUGAGUUUGCUACUCUGGUUGCUGUAGAUGGUUUUCUGUUCUUUACUGCUGUUGUGUCUCAUUGUAAACAUAUGUAACACUGAGAAAUAUUAUAUAAAGUACUUUAUUUUCAGAAAACUGGAUACAAAAGGUUACAUAUUUUUUUUCUUGUUAAAAAACCCUUGUUUAUAGCCUUGAUUCAGGUCAGUGCAAGAAAAACAUGAGUGUAAUAUAAAGGCUUGUGCUAUAUUGCCUGUGACUAGAACAUACGCCAAAGACACUUAUGGUGAUGUUAUAAGUGUCUUUCUCCUAUGUGAAACUUGUUUGUGUAUUGCCUCUUAUUGUAUCCACUUAAUAUCUGGCUGCCCCAGUCACCAUACUGUUGUCAUCUGUGAAUAACACAUGUAGUACUGCAAUAUUCACUCAUUACUACGACUGGGUCACUGUACAGUAAGUCCACAACUUACAUAUUGGGGACCUGAAUUGUGUAUAAUAAUGAUAUAAUAAUAAUAUACACAAUGAUAAUAUACAGGUGCACAUCCCUUUAUCUGAAACCCUUGGAGCCUGUAUUGUUUCGAAUUUUAGACUUUUUCAAAUUUCAGAAUGAUUCUCAAUGCCGCCACAUGGUGGCGUGACCCAGCACGGAGAUGACUGAUACUCCACACUCCACGAAAAAACUUCGGUUUUUGAAACUUUUUUAAUUUCAGAAUUUCGGAUAAAGGGAUUUGAAUCUGUACAUGAUACAGAAGAUUCUCAACAUGUCUGUAAGUCGAGGAUUUACUGUACUCUCCGCACUACAUUUAUUGAGAUUGUCCGCCUGCAGGCAUUUCAACAAUUGAUGAAGCUCCUGCGAGUGAAAUAUGUCUAUAGUAAAUGUGCUAAUUGUUGGUAUUUAAUACCAUCUCUUAGCUGUUGUGGUUGCUGACUCCUGGUAUUUUAAAAACUAUAAAAGGCAUUAUAGAUAGAGGUGACCAUUGAUUGUUGGUUCAAGAAUCAUAUAGACUUUACAUUUGUUAUACUUAAGCUUUAUUUAUAAAAUGUGAUUUUAAUUUUGAUACCAUUUCAUAUAUAUGUGUUUUCAUAUUACAGAUUGAUGUUUGCGGAAGUUAAUUAGCAUUUCUCACCAUUACUUGAAAUUUCACUUGCUGACAACAGAAUAUAAGUCACUAAGGCUUCUUUCAAAAUGCCUAUGAGAGCAGUUUCUUCCAAAAAAAAAAAAAUUGACAUUACCUUUUCACUAUUAACCCUUAAACUGUCCAAACAUAGAUCUAUGUUUUUUUAUAUGCUUUCAAAUGGAGAAAGUAAAAGUCGGAGCGCUACGCGAGUGAAUGUAGAUCUACAUUUGGACAGUUUAAGGGUUAAGAAUUAUUAUUAUUAUUACAUUGGGAAGAGCUAAACCUACAGGGGUAAUACAGUACCUGGGACCUUUCAUUCUUUGGUAAUCCUUGAGUUUAAUCAAAUUCAUGUGGUAUGGUAUAUAUUUCUUCGGAAAGUCUUUCAAGGGCAGUGCCUUGAUUCUGGUGAAAGGCUCUUGAUUUAGUGAACUGGAGCUACCUUAAAGAACAAAAAGACACAAUACAGUGACUGGAACAAUACACAAAUAGUCUGCACGCAGGAAAGAGCAGCUUAUGAUGACAGUUCCGUCCAAGUCAGACCGAAAUGUCGUUGUGAGCUCCUCUCUCCUAUAUGCGGGUUAUUUGUGUAUGGAGCUCCCUU